CACAAGCCACACACAACCUCCUACGCUCUACGCUCUCUCCUUCCUUCACCGCCUCCUCUGAUCAUCUCUCUCUCUCUCUCUCUCUCUCUCUCUCUCUCUAUCGAAUCCACCAUUGUCACUUUUGCACCAACCUCUUUGCUUCUUUCUCACGUGUAUUCUCUCCCGAAACUACACAUGGCUUUCCUCAUUGGCCUUGUGAUCGGAAUCAUCGUCGGCCUUGCCCUCAUCGUCGGAUUCGUCCGCUACGAGAAUGCUCGGACCAAGCUCCGCUCUGAAUUUGCUGAAACGAUAGCCGCUUUUGCUCGGAUGACCGUUGAAGAUUCCAGGAAGAUCUUGCCUCCCCAGUACUACCCUUCUUGGGUUGUCUUCUCUCAGAGGCAAAAGUUGACUUGGUUGAACUCUCAUCUAACUAAGAUCUGGCCGUACGUUAAUGAGGCUGCUUCUGAGCUAAUAAAAACAUCGGUGGAACCAAUUCUCGAACAAUAUAGACCGGUGAUUUUGGCGUCAUUGAAAUUUUCGAAGUUCACUCUUGGUACAGUAGCUCCACAGUUUACAGGCGUAUCUAUAAUUGAAGAUGGAGGGAGCGGCGUUACAAUGGAGUUGGAAAUGCAGUGGGAUGGGAAUCCAAGUAUUAUACUUGAUAUUAAGACUCUAAUUGGUGUUGCACUACCAGUGCAGGUAAAAGAUAUAGGAUUCACAGGCGUUUUUAGGUUGAUUUUCAAGCCACUUGUUGAUGAAUUUCCUGGCUUUGGAGCUGUUAGUUACUCUUUAAGGCAGAAGAAAAAAUUGGAUUUUACGUUGAAAGUUGUUGGUGGAGAUAUUUCAGCAAUCCCCGGCUUGUCCGAUGCAAUUGAGGGGUCAAUUCGGGAUGCUGUUGAAGAUUCUAUUGCAUGGCCUGUGAGAAAAGUUGUACCCAUUUUGCCUGGAGACUACAGUGAUCUGGAGUUGAAGCCUGUGGGCAUAUUAGAAGUGAAGCUCGUGCAAGCUAAGGAGUUAACGAACAAGGACAUUAUAGGUAAAUCAGAUCCAUACGCUGUGCUAUAUGUACGACCUUUACGUGACAGAACGAAAACUAGCAAGACAAUUAGCAAUGAUUUGAAUCCAAUAUGGAAUGAACACUUCGAAUUUGUUGUUGAAGAUGAAUCCACUCAGCACCUUGUGGUUAAAGUCUAUGAUUCUGAAGGCUUAAUGGCAUCUGAAUUUAUUGGAUGUGCGCACAUACGGCUUAGUGAACUUGAGCCUGGUAAAGUAAAAGAUGUGUGGUUGAAGCUGGUCAAGGAUUUGGAGGUCCAAAGAGAUAACAAGAACAGAGGUUCGGUAAAUUUGGAGCUUUUAUACUAUCCUUUUGAUGGAACUGUGUUUACCAACCCUUUUGUUCGCAAUGAUCCAUUGACAUCCUUAGAAAAGGUUCUUAAAAGUUCAGUAAAUGGAAUAGAAUGUACUGAAAAUGGAAAUGGCGUCACACAGAAGAAAAGGGAGGUUAUAAUCAGAGGAGUCCUGUCUGUUACGGUGAUAUCUGCUGAAGACUUGCCUGCAGCAGAUUUUAUGGGGAAAUCUGAUCCUUAUGCUGUUCUUAUCUUGAAGAAAUCAGAAACAAAAUGCAGAACCAGGGUUGUGAAUAACACCUUAUCUCCAGUUUGGAAUCAAACAUUUGACUUUGUUGUUGAGGAUGGAUUACAUGACAUGCUAAUGGUUGAAAUUUGGGACCACGAUACAUUUGGAAAGGAUUAUUUGGGAAGAUGCGUAUUGACCCUCACGAGGGUCAUAUUGGAAGGGGAAUACGAAGAAUGUUAUGAGCUGGAUGGGGCUACAUCUGGAUCUUUGAGAUUGUUUCUCAAGUGGUUGCCCCAACCGAUUUAUAGGAACGAUUCCUGAGUGUCCCUUUUCGACCUUUCAUGGUAUCCACAUGCCUCGAUUUAUACAAAGUCUGCACUCCAUUAUUUGUGAGAAAAUCGAGUAAAUGUUGUACGUAAUUGUUUCGCUCCACGUAGCGUUAUAGAGAUCCAAAUCAUCCUUUUUCCUAGCCGUUCCUAGUCGUUAUUAGCUGGUUUACUACUUUAUUUUCUGAUCUUCAACUUCAAGAGGUCAGUACAGGUGUUGAUUAA